AAUGCGUGUUGCGUGUCGACAAGAUUUUGUUUCUUCUUCAGCUUUUCAAAGAAGAGGCAAGGAAUCAAAUCAUUCGGUCGAAACUCUAGCUAGCUAGUAGCCAGAGCAACUCAUCAUUAUCUCUUCUGAACUACUUAAUUGCUGCCUCCUCGUCUGCUUGUGUUAGUUCGGUGCUUUAUCCUUGCCUUGCUGAUCUCGCGGAAGUACCGCCAGAAUCGUAUCGGAUUCUCUUUGACACAGACAGAGGUAUACCGCCGACGAAAGAAGAGACGUGAAGAAUCCUCCUUGUACCGUUGUCUCCUUUAUGCUCUACUGAAGGCGUCUCUCUUCAACUGGAUCGCACCUAACCGUCUUGAAACAACCUCUCCUCAGGCUUGUUUUCGGUUCUUUAUCUUUCGGAUUUGACCUGUCUGUUGGUCCAGCACGAGUUCGAUCGCCGAGAAUUUUAUCCCGACAACUCGAUCAUUCCGUAUCCAGAACAUAUCUGGGUUCUAAAUCAAGCUUAAGAGAAAGAGAUCAAGAGACAAGACAUCAUGGGCCGCCAACAAAACAGUAAUAGUCACAGCCAUCAAGGCCAACGAGACCGGUCUUCUUCAGGUGGUGCCGAUCUGCUGAACUUUCACUUUUCUUCUGGUCCUCCCAGCCAGACACAAUCCAACAACAAUGGCCGAAGACGCAAUCAGCAGAACAACCAUCAUCACCACAACAACAAUCACCAAAGACGGAACAGCCAGCAGGAUCGAUCAGCGGUCCGUCGCAAGCCCAACUCACACAUGUUCAAUCUGCAUUCGUCGGCUGACCAUGCCUUUGUCAUCACGCGCAAGGGGCUGAAGCAGCAACAGUAUUCCUUCUCGGGGUCGGAUGAAGCUGUCUCCUGGGAAUCCGUAAAAAUGGUCAAAGUGUUGGUUCCUUCGCAACAAUCAUCAUCACCAGCUGCGACUAGCAACAACUCUUCCUCUUCGACAAUGUCGUGUCCCAUUUGUCUGGAUGGACUGGUCUGUGCCCGAAUCACCAAAUGUGGCCACGUCUUUUGCAUAUCCUGUUUAUUACGACAUGUUCAGGUUCACGCACAGUCCAAUCCAUACACACACGUCAAGUGUCCCUGUUGUGCUGUGCCAUUGCUAGUACCUGACCUGCGACCCGUCAUUCUCGUUUCGUCAUGGACACCCAAACUCCAUCAACGUCUGAAACUCGUCAAGUUGCAUCGGACCAAGGAUUGUCCUUCGCCCUAUUUACCACUCCCACAACAACCCAAGCGAUCUACCACUCAUGCGGCUCCCGCCGUGACCGAUGCCGAUGCACCCUUUUGCCGAUUCAACUAUAUCGAUCCAAAGGCCUAUCAACAACACUUGCAAGCUAACAAGGUGGAACUGGAAGAAUCAUUGAAACAACUUACGGACACCAAAAACGUGCAUCCUCAGCUACAGUACCAGAACCAAGUCGAAGCCAUCUUUGUCACGUCUGCUUUGGAUACGGUACAAAAGGAGCUACAAAAGGCUGUUGAAGAACAGGAUCAGGAAGACGAAAUGUCGGCCACUUUUUCGGGUGGUGGCAGCGGAGUCUAUCAAACACAGCCUCCGCAUCUCGUGGCCAGCAACUACGAAUUUGUCACGGCCCCCUUGCCGCAUCAACAGCAGCAGCCAGCAGAGGGUGAUGACGAUGCGACUCGACGUCGCAGCGAAUCCAUUGGGUCCGAAAGCACGGCACCACGGAGGUAUCGAGGUGAUUCCAUUGGAUCCUAUGCCUCGGUGGAUACUAGUUGUCACAGUCAGACGACCGCAGAAGAUGCCGUGCCCCUCUCACCCACCGGUGCGUUGCAACAACCAGCAAAGCAAACUGGCAAACGCAAUAAUAAACCGCGCAAAAAACAAGAGUUUCCCAAGGCAAGCAUGUUCUUGGACGACGAGGGAAGUACGCACUUUUAUCAAUCGGAAGAUGGUCAGUUGUGCUUCUUGUCGAGGUUCAACAUGUCCUGUCUCUUGGCAGAUUUUUCACCCAAGGUGCCGAAUGAUGGUGUUGUGGUUGAUGAUGUUGCCUCGAUGAACUUUUGGCAACGGAGGCGUCUACUGCCAUUGCCCGAUACUAUCGAGGGUGAAAUCCUUGAAAUUGAAAACAUUCAUCUGACGCCAGAGGUGCGAAAGAGGAUGCCGUUUCUGGCGCAUUUGCCUCUCUACGCGGACAUUCAGUUUGUAGAGUUGGAACUGCACUCCCUGCUCAGCAAUGAUACGAAACGAAAAUUCAAGGCAGACUUUGAAAAGCGGAGGAAACGGCGACAGAGCAAAGUCAAAGCAGAGAAACGGGAAGACAAGGUGGCUCGUCUAAAAGAGGAAGAACGAAUCAACGAGUUGAAAGCACGCAUGCAACAAAUUGAUCCAAACGAUGAAUUCUUUAUGGUUUCGCCACCGCCGGAAGAACCCGUUCAACUCACUGGUGAUGCAUUUGGGCCUGCCAUUGCGACAGGGGCUGCUGCCAGACCGGCUGCAGCAGCCAAUGUGAAUGCAGCCUUUAGUUUUUCCAACGUGAUCCAAUCGGGUGGAGCGGCCCUGAUCAAUGCAGAGUGCAACUUUCCUGCUUUGGGGGCACCCUCGCCGUCUCCCAAGAGGACCCAAGCGCAACCUGCACCCACUUGGGGCAGUCCUUCGAGGUCCAAUCAGCCAGCACCGACUUCCUGGGGUCCUCCUCCGCAAGUGAGCUCCCCACAAAAGGCAAAGACACUUCAUGAAGGUGUCGCGACUGGUCUACCGGUUUCAAAGCAGGCACCGCCAGUUCCUGGCGGCAAGAAGAAAAAGAAAGGCAAGAAAAUCGUGCUGUUCUCUUCCGGGGGACAACGAGGCACUCCCUACUAGCUAGCUAGACUAUUUCUUGUAAGUUAAACUAAACGAAGCUUCGAAGAGUGCGCAGUCCC